AGGGCUCGGAACGGCGAUUCAGUCUAAAGGUAUCUUCCGUCGGGCCAGUACAGACAGGAUGAUCAUAUUCUAACAACGUUGACAUGUGAUUCCCUCAAAGGGGUCCGGGAUUUUUUUUUAUUUUUUUUCUUUUCGCCGAGAGUUGGUUUUGACGCGAUGAUGGAGAACGUGAACAGUUGCACGGACUGCGGUUUAGUGUUCGACUCUUCGAAAUCGCUUGACGUCCACCUGAGUUACCACAAGGAGACACUGAUGUCGAAAUGGGGCUCGGCGUCCGGAUCGGCGGAGGACAACAACAACGUGAAGAAGGCGAGGCCGGCGGCAGCCGACUCGAGCGACUUCCACUUCCAGGAGUUCCAGGAGAGCUGCGGGUUCCAGAGGCUGCCGAGGACCCAGUACAGGUACCACCCGUACGGCUACGACCGGCAGGUCACGUCUAGUCAGGUCCAGUGCGACAAGUGCGGCAUGUCGAUGGACCAGAGCCUCCUCCAUGACCACCAUGCCCAGGUGCACCCCGUGUGGGAAGAGCCGCAGGCGGAGAUCCUCGACCUGGACUCGCACAAGGUCCACGUCUACCAGCCUCCCGAGGAGAUGCCGUGGAAGUUCUUCAAGGAGGAGAACGGGAACAGUUCGCCGGACCCCCUGGGGGCGGUGAGCUCGAGCGAGGUGUACCUCGAGGCCCCGGCCCCGCUUCCCCUGCCGAAAGCCGCCUGGAAGAGUAACGAGGCGAGGAGGCCUAAGACGUACAACUGUUCCGCGUGUAACAAGUGGUUCACGUCCUCCGGCCAUCUGAAAAGACAUUACAACACGACCCUCCACAAAAACGCGGUGAAACAAAGCGGAGGCGUGGACCCGGCGUCGCUCCCCGUGUCGACCCACCACCACCCUCCGGUGGACGAGUACCAGCCGCCCCCGCAACCCCCUCAGCCACCGCAGCCGCAGAUGCACCCCCAACAGGAAUUCUACUACGGGUAUCACCCAAAUGGUAAUCCCCCCCACGGCGAACAUCUCCCGAGCUUCUCGUCGUUGACAGGCGUCGACUACGAAACCGUGGGGGGGGCAGUGUACCGCCAGGAGAAAGAAGUCAGCGUGGUCAGCUCGACGGAAGGCGUCCCGUCCCAGGUCGUCCACAAGUGCGUCGACUGCGACAAGACGUUCAACAAGGCCUGCUACCUGACACAGCACAACAAGAGCUUCCACUCGGGGGACAAACCGUACAAGUGUUCAAGGUGCGGGAAGAGGUUCACACAGGAGUACCUGCACCUCGAACAUUUGUCCAAGCACGCGGGAGAAAAGCCGCACAAGUGCGAAAUAUGUCCCAAGCAGUUCAACCACAAGACGGACCUGAGGAGGCACAUGUGCCUCCACUCGGGCGACAAGCCCUACGCGUGCAACUUCUGCGGAAAGGGGUUCAUUCGCAAGGAUCACAUGCUCAAGCACGCUGAGACACACAAAAAGAAGCAAAUGUUCAAAAACGAGUACCGUUUGUGAUCCGGGCCCACCGGCCGGCUCCCCCGAGACGAUAAUCAAACCCUGAUCGACCCUUUUUAAAUAUAAUAAUAAAUAAAUAAUAAUAUUAAUUGUAAAAAAUAAUAAUAAUGCAAAUUCGUUCGUUAAGUUGGCCACAUAUCCCAAUAGAUCUGUGAUACAAUCCCCACCUACCUCAGCAAAGACUGAUUAAUAAUCGACAAUUGUUUGGUUCCUUAAUCUUUUGUUUAGUUUUUUUAAUUAUUUGAUUAAUUAAUUACGAAUUUUCUUUAUUAUUAAAAAAAAUUGGUGUUUUGUUCCUUGAAAUCUUUUCUAGAAAAAAAUUACAUUUAUAAGUUUUAUUGUACAUAAAUAUAUAUAUUAUAUAUAAAUAUAAAUAUUAUCGAAUAAAAUAUUUGAAUUGAUUAAAGCAAAAAUUAAAGAAAAAAAUCAACAUGGUCUCGAUUUAAAAUUUAAACAAAUACUCGGAGUACCUUUGUAAUUUGUAGUUGUUUUGUUAAUAAAAUGAAAAGGGAGAGAAGAAGGAAGAAUUGUAUAGUUGGAAGUUUUAAGGUAUAUACAAUGGAAGAAAAUUGACAUGGAAAAAAGCCAAAUGUAUAAAAAAAAUAAAAAAUUUAAAAUAAAAAUUUACCUCGUGUUUCAGCAAA